GAAGUACUCAACCUACCAACGGAAGCUCGAGAUCCCUUUGACUUUCACAUCCAAACAGAGUGGACAUGAUCCUCAAACUGAUGGCCGGCAUUCUACUGCUGACUGUGUGUUUGGAAGGCUGCUCCAGCCAGCACUGGUCCUAUGGGUUGCGCCCUGGGGGAAAGAGAAACACUGAACACUUGGUUGAGUCUUUCCAAGAGAUGGGCAAGGAGGUGGAUCAAAUGGCAGAACCCCAGCACUUCGAAUGUACUGUCCACUGGCCCCGUUCACCCCUCAGGGAUCUGCGAGGAGCUCUGGAAAGUCUGAUUGAAGAGGAAGCCAGGCAGAAGAAGAUGUAGAUGCACUGGCCCAGGUGGAUCCACAACACCCGAGUAUAACAUUGACCCUGAGGCUUGUGACCUGUUAAUGGCUCUGUAAUUGUGUAAGCUUGAGCGUUUUUAUACCCAGCAGCGUAGAUUUCAUAAUAAAGUAGUUUGUUGUGGAUCAA